UCGACUAGGUCGUAGGCGGAGCUUGGUAAGCACUGAGCCCCAGCAUGUGACGCUGAUCAUGUUUGGCGUUGGCAUGGUAAACCGCACGCAUCUGGAAGCAGACAUUGGAGGACUGACCAUGGAGGCAGAGCUUAAGAAAAUACAUGGCAGUUUUACUCUAAAGGAGAAAAUGAAGGAUAUUCUCCAUCAGAAAAUGACUGAGACCUGUGCCUCGGCCCAUAUUGGAUGUGUGAACAUUGUGCUUCUGGAAGGAAUCACACCAGACAUACAACUAGAGGAUUUUCCAACCUCACCUACCAGCACAGCCAAGCAGGAGUUCCUGUAUGUCUAAGUUUCCUUAGUAACCUUGUCCAGUCCUUCAUGACCAUUCAUAAC